AUGUACGACGUCCCCGUAGAUCGUGCCGCACGCGUGCACGCCGAAAGUGGAAGCGCAUACCUGUGCCAUCCGAGACCUCUCUUCUGCGGAAGCUGUGCGCUUGAACAGCCGAGCGAACGCGCGCACUUCGCGACCCUCCUAUGCCGACGCCUGCAAGGGUACCUUAAGCGGCCGCCGAUGAGCAUGUACUCCGAUUCAGCCCUCCGGCGAAAAUUAUGGUAUCGCCAGUUGUGCCGCAUUCGCUCACCAUUCUCCAUGCAUGUCGCGCCUCUGGGUCGCCUCGAACCACACGCUCAGCGCCAUGUCGCGCCAAAGAGCACAGCCAGUAUGGCCUUCGACCUGCCGGCUGCAGUUCUGCCGAGUGCAAGCGCGCCUAAAGCCGUCGAUUACUAA